UGUACUUUUUAAAUCUUGUUUUUUCUUUUUCUUUAUAAUAAUCUGUUUACCUUUUUUCUCAUUUGUUUUUUCAAGAGUUUUUUUAAAUCUUCACGAAAUAUCACUCACUGAGUGAUUCAAAAGGAAGUCAAGCCAUGGAAAAUAAUGCUGAGAGUUUCCUAAAGGUGUCUGGCCCUAUCAAAGACACUCAGGCACUCCAAGGCUCCAAAGCACAGCUUAACGGCAGCUGUCCGACUUCUUUAAUUGGUGGCAAUAACAUGAACCACAUGGGCAACGUGGUACAGGAGGUCUCCUCAGCAGAUUAUUCUGGGAUUGACAGUCCAUCUGUAGAUGCAGAUGCUGAGGUUUCAGAAGAGGUGAAAGCUUUAUCACUGUUGGAUUUUACCAUAAAAUAUCGAGAGGCAUCUGCUGGGAACUUAAAAGAAGAGGAAGAAUCAAUCUCAAUUACAGGUGAAGUGUGUCUGGCUCCAGCCGAGCAAUACUGGACCACUGAAAGUGAAAAGGGAGUGAAGCUGAGGAUGGCUGAGUCAGGUCCAGGCUCUGAGCCUCCACUCACCAUAUAUCAGAUGUUCCAGGGCACAGUGGAUAAAUUUGGAGACCUGCCAGCCCUCCGGUGGAAAAAGGAUGGGAAUUGGACCACACUGACCUACAGGGAAUAUCAACAGCAGUGUCGAAUUGCAGCUAAGGGCUUUCUCAAGUUGGGCCUGGAGCGUUUCCAUGGAGUUGGGAUCCUGGGCUUUAAUUCUCCUGAGUGGUUCAUCGCAGACAUUGCCUGUAUCAUGGCGGGAGGACUUGCCACUGGAAUCUACACUACCAACUCUCCAGAAGCCUGCCAGUAUGUAGCUCAUAGCAGUAAAGCCAAUGUUGUGGUUGUCGAAAACAACAAACAGCUUGUGAAAAUCCUUCAGGUCAAAGACCAGCUACCAUAUUUAAAGGCUAUUGUUCAAUACAAGGGUGAACUGGAGAAAAAGCUGCCAAAUGUAUAUACGUGGGCUGAAUUUAUGAAGCUUGGUGAAGGGGUCUCAGAUGCUCAGCUGGAUGAAGUGGUUAAUAGCCAAAAGGCGAACGAAUGCUGCUCUCUUAUCUACACCUCUGGAACUACGGGAAACCCAAAAGGAGUCAUGCUCAGUCAUGACAAUAUCACAUGGAUCGCAAAUGCAGCGAGUCUUGCGGUUAAUGUGAAGGUGGCGGAGGAGUCUGUGGUGAGCUACCUGCCCCUCAGUCAUGUGGCAGCCCAGGUCAAUGACAUGUGGAUCUCCUUGAAGUUUGCUUGCACUACCUACUUUGCCCAACCAGAUGCGCUGAAGGGUUCUUUGGCCCAAACUCUCAGAGAAGUGCGGCCUACGUCUUUUCUGGGAGUUCCACGCGUCUGGGAGAAGAUGCAGGAAGCAAUGAAAGCCAUUGGUGUAAAGUCUUCUACCAUGAAGAAAAGAAUUGCUGAUUGGGGCAAGGGUAUAGGACUUCAGGCCAGCUAUAAUGCCAUGAACGGUGAUCCCUCUGUGCCCUGGGGCUUCAUGCUGGCUAAUAAUCUGGUCUUCAAGAGAGUGCGUGCUGCUCUUGGGCUGGACCGUUGCAGGAACUGUUUUACAGGCGCUGCUCCCAUCACUAAGGACACGCUGGAGUAUUUCAUGAGCCUCAACAUUCAGUUGUAUGAGCUGUACGGCAUGAGUGAGAGCACGGGACCACACAGCAUUUCCUGUGCCAACAAUUACCAAAUCAUGAGUUGUGGUAAGGUGAUACCAGGCUGCAGAACCAAGCUGGACAAGCCAGAUGCAGAUGGAAAUGGGGAAGUGUGUUUCUGGGGCCGGCAUGUCUUCAUGGGCUACCUGGACAUGCCUGAAAAGACUGAAGAGGCGCUGGACUCAGAAGGCUGGCUGCACUCAGGGGACCUUGGAAAGCACGACAAAAAUGGCUUCCUCUACAUUACAGGCAGGAUAAAAGAAUUGAUCAUUACCGGUGGAGGAGAAAACAUCCCACCAGUCCCUAUCGAGGAUGCACUUAAAGAGGAAGUGCCCAUCAUUAGCAAUGCCAUGUUAGUGGGAGACAAAAAGAAAUUCCUGUCCAUGCUUCUCACACUGAAAUGUCAGGCUGAUGAGAAUGGAGAGCCCACGGAUGAGCUAAGCCUGCUAGUAGUGGAGUAUUGCAGGCAACAUGGAGUCAUCGCCAGCAAAGUGUCUGAAAUAGUCAACAACAAAGAGCCAGCCAUUUAUAAAGCCAUCCAGGAAGGUGUAGACAAAGUCAACGCCAAGGCCAUUUCCAAUGCUCAGAGGGUUCAGAAGUGGACUCUCCUGUCGCGGGACUUCUCUAUAUCUGGAGGGGAACUUGGUCCCACUAUGAAGCUCAAGAGGCCUGUGGUCACAAAAAUGUACAAAGAAGAAAUUGACAAGUUUUAUGGAGCAUAACACAUCACAAUGUUGGACUUUAACUUGAGGGUGUGAUAAACUGAACAAAAACAUCCCCUCCAGUUACUUUUGUAUUGCUCAGAAAUAAUCAGAUUUUCCUCACUCCACAACACACACAGCUAAUAGGCUAAGCUGACUGGAUCUCUGUAUUUCAGCUGUCAGUGUGUGUACAUUGCACUUUCUAAUGAUGAUUGCACAUGUUGUAUAUAAAGAGCUUAAUCAUAGCCAAAGCUAGCAUCCACAACUUUUGCACAUCUGUGUUAACUCUGCUGUAUCUAUAGCCAAAUUUUGCUAAUUUAACUGCUUUACCAAAGUGUUGUAAGAUUGACGCAUCUCUCUGUAUGUCUGUCAUUAUCGGAAAAGUUGGUAAAACGUAAAUGCUACAAAUGAAACUAUAGGUAGGUUUACUUCAUUCAAAAAUGCUGACUUACAACAUAUGAGAACUAGGCUAGAAUUUAGAUUUACAUAAAUAAAUCAUGCUAACUCAUGCCCAUUAGCUUAGGAGCCUUGCAGAAGUGCACACUAAAAUGUGCAGUUGAGGCCAUGUCAUCAUUUCUGCAGCCACUUGUUCUUCACAGAUUGUGGAAAGAACUGUCUAUAUUCAUGAAAAUGUACUGUUUGCUUCUUAAUUUGAAGAUGGACAUGUAUACUGAAGAAGUGUUUAUUUUUACUUUCUGUCCUUUUAUUUAAUGAGAAUGAAUGACUGUAUUUUACUGAUGAAUCAAUGUAAACAGGCCAGGUAAAUGAAAAGAGUGGAAUGGUUUGAGCUCAUAUGCUGCACAAGACCAGACUGUACUUUCACGAUUAAACACUGAAUGAAGAAACUA